AUGAACGCAUACAGCAUUUCCUCCAGAACCACCCAAACAUCGUCUGUUUUUUCCGCAGAGGACGACGAUUACGAUGCUAAACUCAGAGAGAUUGAAGAAUACUACGUGAGGACUUUGCUAGAGGAGGAACCUGCGCAUGGACCAGAACCAAACCAAAAGUGGAGCCCGAACUCUACUACAACGCUCUCGCUCCUGGGAACACUCAACGGAUCGUCGUCGGAAUUUCGCCAGCCACAGCAGCAUCAGGAUAUCGUAGGCCAAGGAGCCAGUUUUUAUCUGCGGCAACAGCAACCUCAACUGGAGGUGGAAAUAAACUCACAGUAUAUGCCCGCCAGCGGAAUCAUGCCUCUUACAUCGGAAAAUCUGAAGAUCCUGCAAAACCCAAAAUUGACGCCCCAGAGGCCCGAGUGCCUGACUUCCGAACCCACACCCACGUCUAGAACAGCAUCAUCGCCCAGCCCAACUGGAAAUUCUGAAAAAUGCAACAAAGUGCUCUACAAGACAGAACUUUGCGAGUCCUUCUCCACUAAGGGCCACUGCAGAUAUGGUUCCAACUGCCAAUUUGCCCACGGCUUGCAAGAGUUAAAGUUCAAAGAGCGCAACAACAAGUUUAGGACCAAACCAUGUGUCAAUUGGAUGAAGACCGGCACUUGUCCAUACAGGCAAAGGUGCUGCUUCAAACAUGGAGAUGAUAACGAUAUUAAAAUGUAUCUGCGGGCAGGUCACAUUCCCAUCGCUUCUCCAGAUGGCAGGUCGGAGCGUAAAAAUCUGCAUGCUAACGUCCAAGCUCUGCAAAAAAUGGCCUGGUAA